AUGGCGGAUUACUUACGGGUUCUUACGGGGAAAUGGAGAACUAGAUACUGGAAGUAUUUCGGAAAAUUUGUGUCUCCGAUUCCAUCCGAAGUUUCCGAUAUAUCAAUGGACUACUAUUUUGGUGAUGCGCUAAGAACACUUGACAAGAAGGAUUCAUGUGGGAAUAUUUUUUACAAGAUUAUAUGUUACAUCAAAUGUGGUGGUCACCACGGCUGUGCUUUUGGAAAAUGUUUCUGUAUUAGUCCUCUCAUAGGUAAAAAUUAUUCUAGUAGAAAAGAACUGCAAAAGGAUGCCGAUUAUUCUGAUUCCGAUGAAGACAUAGAAAUUACUCCUAAGGUUAAACCCAAUAUACAAUACGAACCUAGACCGGCAUUACGGCAUCACAUAGCGCACUUCUGUCCUAACUUGGACGAAGCAAGAAAAUGUAUUAGAACAUGCAUGAAGCUUGGUAAACCAGCGUUUUGUGGGAAGGAUCACGUGUGCUACUGUGGACAUAGAAACGAGACACCUAAACAGCCGACGAAGCAAGACGUUAGUGGUAUAUACACGGAAUUUCGUGAUAUGUACGAGAAAUAUUUUGGCACUAAAAGUAUUUAA